CAAGGUGUGAUCAGGUGGCUUAUCCUUCCUAUUAGGCAGUGUUGUGAUGGACACUCAACCCCUCUGGGUAGCUCUCCAGUCUAACUUUUCAAAGAGUGGGAACUGACCCAAGCCAAGUCAUGGAAAACAGCUGGAGAAAACCUCAUCCUGCCUCCCCUCGCAAUUGUAACUGAGUUCAGCUUUUGCUUUCCCUUCCUAGGACCCAGCCUCGGGAUGAGCCACACCGCUGCUGGGUUCCAGUUAUACCCUGGAGUGGGGUGAUGUGUUCCCAACACAGGGUUACUGACUGCUGUCUAGGUACAUCAGGAUCCUUUGGGAUGAAAGGGGCCUCGUCCCUGCAGAGGACGUGGCAAGCUGAUCUCACGCUGGGAGCAGUCCUGGCGGAGGCAGGACAGCAUCCAGACCCACAGUACGUCGGGGCUUCUGCCAGCAGGAGAGUUGCGGUUGUUGCUUCAGAGGCGGCUCUGCUAAUUUUGGACGAGUGACCUGCUGACCCUGACGUUUUUGGGCUGGGACUUUGAGAUGUAGCAGGGCUCGGGAUGCCACCGUGCUCUGCAGGGACUCGCACUCUGUGCUGACUUGCCUCACUGCAGAGGACACCCCAAGGGACACCGGGAGGUGGGUGCUCCCCAUCCUGGCUCUGGAUGUGCACCGCAUUGCUCAGGGGGCGAAGGUACAGCUGGAUGACGCUGAGGAUGUGCUAUGGAGCCGGGAUUCAACUGCUCUGAGCUCUGUGAUGGCAGCUCCAGUUUUGGCAACCAGGAGCAGCAGCAGCAGGUGCUGCAGGAGCUCUGCACUGUCACAGUGACAUCUUCUGAUCGCAGUGGGAAGAGCUCCCCAUCCUUCUCCACUGCUCUCCUGGGAGUUGUGUGGACAUUCCUGACCGGAGGAGUCCUGCUAGCGCUCUUCUUUCUCGUCUUCACAAUUCGCUUCAGGAAAAACAGGAUUGUGAAGAUGUCCAGCCCCAAUCUGAACAUUGUGACCUUGCUGGGCAGUGGCUUGACUUACACUAGUGCUUACCUCUUUGGGAUUCAGGAGCAGAGCCUACCAUCUGGAGACUCUGUGGAAAAGCUUAUUCAGGUACGGCUCUGCCUGCUCUGCGUGGGAACCUCCCUGGUGUUUGGCCCCAUCCUGGGGAAAAGCUGGCGGCUCUACAAGGUGUUCACCCAGCGGGUGCCGGACAAGCGGGUGAUUAUCAAAGACCUCCAGUUGUUGGCAAUGGUGGCAGUGCUGGUGCUGGCAGAUGCUGUGCUGCUCUUGACGUGGGUAUUCUCUGAUCCAGUCCAGUGUUUCCGAAGCCUCAGCUUCUCACUGCGGGCGACAGAGAAAGGCAUGACCUGCUCAGUGAGCCGGGUACAGUCCUGUGCAUCUCUUUAUUCCGAUCUUUGGCUCAUUCUCAUUUUAGGGUUUAAGAGUAUCCUCCUGCUGUAUGGGACCUACUUGGCCGGUCUGACCAACAAUGUCAGCUCCCCGCCAGUCAACCAGUCCUUGACGCUCAUCGUCGGGGUUAACCUCGUUUUCCUGGUUGCCGGCACUAUCUGCUUAGUUCACCGUUUCUUCCGCACUUGGCACAACUUGCUGUUUGGUUUUACCUCUGGAGGCAUCUUUGUGUGUACAACCACGAUCAACUGCUUCAUCUUUGUCCCCCAGCUUAAGCAGUGGAAAGCCUUUGAAGAAGAAAGCCAAACUGUGAGCCACAUGGCAAAAUAUUUCAGCAGUCCAAGCAGGAGCUGCCGCUCGGUGUACAGCGAGGAGCAGUUUUACCAGCUGAUAGGAGAGAAAAACUCCAUGAAGCGGCUGCUCACCGAGAAAAACGCUGUGAUUGAAAGCCUGCAAGAGCAAGUGACCAGCGCCAAGGAGAAGCUGAUGAGGCUGAUGUCUGCAGAGAGCAGCUGUGACCCCCAUGCACCACCAGCAGCUACCUGCACCUGGAGUGCAGGGCAGCGUGUGGAUGCACCGGGGGAGCGCUGCCCUCCAGAUCCAGAGCAGGAUGGGUGGCAGCAUCCCCACUUGCUGGGUACACCACCUCUUUGCAGUGGUGCUCAGGACCUCCAGAAACAUGGAAGCCACAAGCCUGCUUGCUCUCAGACACUGCUUUUUGACAUGGGAGGCAGCCUUGAAUGUGACCUGAAAGACACCCAGGAGCAUGGGACACCUGUGGGGCAGGGGCAGCCUCCAGCACAGCUACCAGGCCAGGACAUCUCAGCUGGCGUGGCCUGGGAGUCGUCCCCCAAAGUCAGCUAUGUCAGCAGCGAGAAGCUGUGGGAAAUCUUGCAAGAGCUGAGUCUGGAUAGCAAAACCUACAGCCCAGCCUUACCUGGGCGGCCCCCACGCGGCAGCCAAGGCCCCCCAGGUGAGCAAGGAGGAACGUGGGGGGCCCAGGAGGGCUACCCAGGCAUCCACACACCCCUCAGCCCCUACCUGGCAAGGCGGCGGCGGAGGAUCCUGCUGCCCCCUGCCUCCACCUGCUUCCCUGGGCAUGUGUCCCCUCAUGCCGGCCGUGGGGUGAAGGAGGCAGGUGGCUGGGGCUGUGGGGAGUCAGCACAUAUCUUCCUGGGGAGGGAAGAAGAGAUGGCUGACGGAGGGCUCCUUCACUCACCAGCACCGUCCCCUCCAGCCAUCUCUGGGGAGGUCUGCCUCCAGCCAGAGGGAUGGCCAGGAUGGCUGGAGUCCCAGGGUGCUUCCCAGCACAUCCAUCAGGAGAAGCAGCAGCAGCGGCGGCAGAGUGCCCCGAGGGGACGUGCUGAGCCCUCCCUGCACUCGCUGUACUAUUACCCAGACUCUGACUCCAGCAGCAGCAGCUCCGAGGAGAUGUUUCACGGCUGCCACCGGCCCUGCUGCGAGGUCUGCUUCCAGAGCCCACGCAGCUCCCUGGGCAGCAGUAGCACAGACAUGGACGUAGAGCCCAGCGGGCAUGUGGGCCACCGGACAGAGCACCACAGCGGCCUCCAGCCCAUGGUGAAUUUCAAAGAAGAUCUGAAGCCCACCUUUGUGUGACCGGGAGCACUCCUGCACCAAAGGCAAGUGCCCUCCCACCCCCGAAACACUGCGUGUUUUCAGCAAUGCUAAAGCCACGCAUCCCUCUGAGGGAUGUGUGUUGCUCUGGCAUCUGGGGGUCAGGAAUAAGUCUUGCCCUGCUUUGGGUUGCUGUUUCAGCCCCAGCCUCUCAGCAGUGACUGCCGACCACAUUUGGCCAAGAGGUGGUUGGCACUUGGUGGGGUGGCAGUGGUUUUGUCCUGGCUGCUCUGGGCAGCUGCUGGCACCCUGCAGAUACCCGGCAUGUCGGUCUAUCCCAGUGACAGCAGCAGAAAGACUGGGGCUGAGUGGCCUGCAAGACCCCAAACUUCAUCAUCUCAGAGGGCUUUCCCUGCAAGCACUGGGUGAUUCAUGCUGGAGGGGAGCAGCACCACAUCUCAGAAACGUGGCCUGUUGCACACAGGAGACGGACAUACAGAGUACUUCUUCCCUGAGGCUGCUAAUGCUGAGCCUCCCAUGAGCAUCACACCCAGCUGGAGGUGGGAGACAGACAGACACCAGGAAUGCUCACAGGCUGCCUCUCGCCUGGGGCAUGCUGCUCCCUCAGCAAAGCAAGGACCUCGGAGCGGGGUGAUCGCAGAAGACAUUUGGGGUGGUUUUUUUGGUAGCAUCUGAGUGAGAAAAUGGAGUCUAAAGGUGACAUCCCUGGAGGUGUCAUUGCAUUUUGUGUAGUUCGAUUGCAUGGUCAUAGGUGAGACUCAGGUCAGAGCCAAAGGGAAAGGCAAACUAGCAAUCGUAAAAGAUGAUCUGAAAAGGUUUUUCAUUUUUCUUUUCUUUUUUCCUUUGUUUUUCUGGGGCUUGUGCCCUUCUGUAUGCCUUUGUAUGGAGGACGUAGUCUGGAAUAAGGUUUGUUUAAAUUAA